UAUGAUUUAUGAAGUUGUCAAUUUUUUGUCGUAAAACAUCAAAGAAAGACGAAGGUGGUUAUUUGCGGUGAUUUGGUCUUUCGUCGUCUUGUCUUCACUGCUUCUUCACUCAGUCUGGCAGCUGAGAGAACCACCGACAAAUUGGUUACGACGAUGGAGAGCAGCAGAAAGGCGGGUCGGUCUUCUCGGGCCAAACAGAAGCACGAUUUGGCCUCCCUCCUCCGCAAAUCAUGGUACCAUCUCAGGCUCUCCGUCCGCCACCCAUCCAGAGUCCCCACCUGGGACGCCAUCCUCCUAACCGCCGCCAGCCCCGAGCAGGCCCAGCUCUACACCUGGCAGCUCCAACGGGCCAAGCGUAUGGGUCGGAUCGCCCCCUCCACCGUCACCCUUGCCGUACCCGACCCCGAAGGCCACCGCAUCGGAUCCGGUGCUGCCACUCUCAAUGCCAUUCACGCCCUCGCCCUCCAUUACCGCAACCACUUCGCCCCCGAUCUCCACUCACAGGUUGCAAGCACAAAUGGCAGUGGUAGUGGUGCCGGUGACGGUGAUGGUCAUGACGUGGCAAUGGCUGAGUUGAUGGCCAAAAAGCACAUUCUGCUGCUCCAUGCGGGUGGGGAUUCUAAGAGGGUGCCAUGGGCUAACCCUAUGGGGAAGGUGUUCCUUCCGCUUCCCUAUUUGGCCGGUGAUGAUCCAGAUGGUCCUGUUCCUCUCCUCUUUGACCAUAUUCUUGCUAUUGCUUCUUGUGCCAGGCAAGCUUUUGGAAAUGAAGGUGGGAUGUUAACCAUGACCGGGGAUGUUCUUCCAUGUUUUGAUGCAUCGACCAUGACUCUGCCUCAGGACACUUCAUGCAUCGUCACUGUUCCAAUCACCCUUGAUGUUGCUUCAAAUCAUGGAGUGAUUGUUGCAGCUAAAACUAAAAAUAACACUCAAAACUAUGCAGUGAGUUUGGUAGAUAAUCUCCUGCAGAAACCUAGCGUAGAAGAGCUUGUUAAAAGCAAGGCAGUUCUAGCUGAUGGUAGAACGCUUCUUGAUACUGGAAUAAUAGCAGUUAGGGGUAAGGCGUGGUCAGAGCUUGUUACCCUUUCAUGGUCCUCUCAGCAAAUGAUUUCAGAACUCAUCAAGAUAAAAAAGGAGAUGAGUUUAUAUGAAGAUUUGGUUGCUGCCUGGGUACCUGCAAAGCAUGAGUGGUUGAGAAAGCGUCCAUUGGGUGAAGAACUGGUCAAUAAAUUAGGCAAGCAGAAGAUGUUCAGCUAUUGUGACUAUGACUUGUUGUUUUUGCACUUUGGAACCUCAAAUGAAGUUCUAGAACACCUCAGCGGAGUUGGUUCAGAAUUAGUAGGGAGAAGACACCUGUGUUCUAUUCCAGCAACAACAGCUGCUGAUAUUACAGCAUCUGCUGUUAUUCUUUCUAGUAAAAUUGCACCAGGAGUCUCUAUUGGAGAAGAUUCUCUAAUAUAUGAUUCAUCUAUUUCGGGUGGAAUACAAAUUGGCUCCUUAUGUAUAGUUGUUGGAGUCAACAUUGCUCUUGAUGAUCAUCUUAGCAUUGAGGAUUCAAUCAAAUUCAUGCUUCCAGAUCGCCAUUGUCUUUGGGAGGUUCCCUUGGUUGGGAGUGGAGAACGAGUUCUAGUAUUUUGUGGCCUUCAUGAUAACCCGAAAAGUUCACUUUCUAGAGAUGGCACAUUUUGUGGGAAACCUUGGAAGAAAGUUUUACAUGAUUUGGGUAUUCAAGAAAGUGAUUUAUGGGAGUCCUCAAGCACCGAUGAGAAGUGUUUAUGGAAUUCGAAAAUAUUUCCUAUACUUCCUUAUUCUCAGAUGCUUAACGUUGCACUAUGGUUGAUGGGCUUAGCUAAACCAAAAACUGAACAUAUGCUUUCUUCGUUAUGGAGAUCUUCCAGCCGCAUCAGCCUGGAGGAAUUGCAUAGAUCAAUUGAUUUCUCAACAAUGUGCAUAGGUUCUAGCAAUCACCAAGCUGAAGUUGAAAUAUGCAUGGAUUUUCUGGGUAUGUGUCCAAAAGUUCAAGAGCAGAACUCCAAUAUACUUCCCAAAAGCCGGGCAUACCAGGUGCAAGUUGAUCUUCUUCGAGCUUGCAAUGAUGAAGUGACAGCAUGCAAGCUGGAGCCCAAAGUUUGGGCCGCUGUGGCUGAUGAAACUGCUUCAGCAGUAAGAUAUGGAUUUAAGGAGCAUUUAUCAGAGUCACCUGGUAGCCUCUCCUGUCUUGAGUACCAGAAUAACCACCAUGAUGGGCACACUCAUGAGCCUUUCCAUCGUAGAAUGGUAAAAGUAGAACUACCUGUACGCGUAGAUUUUGUUGGGGGUUGGAGUGAUACCCCUCCAUGGAGCAUCGAGCGUGCUGGAUGUGUUCUAAAUAUGGCAAUAAGCUUGGAAGGUUCUGCUCCAAUUGGCACUGUCAUAGAGACAACUGAAACAACCGGAGUAUUAAUUACUGAUGAUGUGAACAACAAGUUACAUAUUGAAGAUUAUAAAUCCAUUUCUGCUCCAUUUGAUGGAGAUGAUCCAUUUCGGUUGGUCAAAUCUGCCUUACUUGUGACUGGCAUUAUUCAUGACAACGUUCUUGUAGACAUGGGCAUGAAAAUCAAGACUUGGGCCAAUGUCCCCCGUGGAAGUGGAUUAGGUACUUCUAGUAUCUUAGCUGCUGCAGUGGUAAAAGCGCUUCUCCAGAUAAUUGAUGGCGACGACAGCACUGAGAAUGUUGCUAGACUUGUUUUGGUGUUGGAACAACUCAUGGGCACUGGAGGUGGGUGGCAAGACCAAAUUGGGGGAUUAUACCCUGGGAUCAAAUGUACUUCUAGCUUUCCAGGAAUUCCAUUGCGGCUUCAAGUCAUUCCAUUGUUAGCUUCACCUCAGUUGGUUUCUAAGUUGCAGCAAAGGUUACUUGUUGUAUUUACUGGUCAAGUUCGACUUGCACAUAAGGUUUUGCAAAAAGUGGUGAUCAGAUAUCUUCGGCGGGAUAACCUUCUUGUAUCCAGUAUCAAGCGCCUUGUUGAACUGGCGAAGAUUGGGAGAGAAGCUUUGAUGAAUUGCGACAUUGAUGAACUUGGCGAGAUAAUGUUGGAAGCUUGGAGAUUGCAUCAAGAGCUUGAUCCUUACUGCAGCAACGAGUCUGUUGACAGGCUCUUUUCUUUUGCUAGUCCAUACUGCUCCGGGUACAAGCUGGUUGGAGCUGGCGGCGGUGGGUUUGCUCUCUUGCUUGCCAAGGAUGCAGAUCAAGCCAUGGAACUGAGACAAAGACUACAAGAUAACAAAGAUUUGAAUGCGAAAAUCUACAAUUGGCAGAUAUUUCUAUAGAAUUUAUGAUAGUGAAUAAUACGAAUAGUUGUUGGAAACUUGAGUUGUUAUUCUACAACCCAUUCAUUUGUACAUUGAGAUUUGAGGGUUCACGGAAUUGUGUAAUGUAAAACGCACAGAUGUAGAUAGUGUUAGCCGUAUAGCUAUAGGAAGACUUGAUGCAAGAUUCAGCCAAAUUUGUCAAAUUAUUUAAUGUUUUGUAAUCAUGCUUGUUAAUGAUCUCUUCUUGAUAAA